AUGAGCCGUUCGAACAUUGAUUCCGAGUCAGGAGUGCUGGAGCUCGAGACCCGCGACCAAUGGUGUGGAUUUGACAUCAGGAGUGAUUAUUACACGGAGGUCCCUGACACGGGGGUUCUCCGGGAGUACUGGUUGGUUCUCGGUAACACCACGGCUACUCCUGAUGGCAUCCCUCGGAAUGUGUUGACCGUCAACGGCACGUCGCCGGGACCUACCCUACACGCUGACUGGGGAGACUGGGUUCGUAUCCAUGAUUACAAUGGAUCGGAGAACAAUGGCACCAGUAUCCACUGGCACGGUUGUCCUGUGCCUCCCGGUGGCUCGGUCACCUAUGAAUGGCGGGCAACUCAAUACGGCACUACCUACUACCACUCGCAUUUUGCUUUGCAAGCAUGGGAGGGAGUUUAUGGUGGAAUCGUCAUCAAUGGCCCUGCGAGCGCGAACUAUAAUGUGGAUGCUGGUAUCCUUUAUCUCAGUGACUGGUCCCAUCGCACGUCCGACGCUCUAUACUCCACUGCGGAGACCGACGGAGAGCCAACGUUGGCCACCGGAUUGAGGAACGCCACCAACAUUUGGCUCACAGAGAACAACCAGACCGUCGGCUCUCGCUUCAAUAUGAAUGUGACGUCGGGCCAAAGCUAUCGCCUUCGCCUACUCAAUGGAGGAAUGAGCAAUCCUUUCCGCUUCAUGGUCGAUGACCACACCCUCACUGUCAUUUCGACGAAUUUUGUGCCCAUUAAGCCUUUCAACACGACUUCGCUCCUGAUUGGAGUUGGACAACGAUAUGAUGUCAUUGUCCACGCAAACAAGGAAAGGCUAGGCUCUAACUUCUGGAUGCGCUUGAUUCCUCAAGAAUCUUGCGCUGAAAUCUCCAACUACGAUAUUCGAGGUAUUUUCCACUAUGAGACGCCGAACGGCAAGCUCGAAACCCCCACAAGUUUAGCUUCUAGCCUUUGCUCCUUGACGGGAAGGAAGAGAUAA